AUGAAGCGGUCUAUCAAUUUGCUGUGUGGAGUCCUCUCAGCUCUGCUGCUCUGCUCUGCCCAUGAUGCAGUCCAUCCAAAUGACACUGCCGAGGCGCUCAAGCUGAGCUCGUUGCUGGAGGCGACGCGCGCCAGCAGCACCACCGAAAAGCCCCACAGCAGCACCACUGCCAAGGCUAAGAUCUAUUUGGCCACCAGCGAGGAGGACCAUGACUCAAACUUUCAUAAUAAUCGACUGCCUGCGCUGUCAGAGGACGAAACCAAUGGCCUGAGCCACGAUGCCAAUCCCCUGCACUUCCUCAAGCAGCUGACUGGCCCAGAGACUGAGACCAGUGCAGCUCAGGUGGAGUCGACCAAGCCACAAGAAGAGCCAAGCGAACCACAGUUGGAGACGCUCAAAGAGCAGCAGAGCUCCAAGCCCGAGUCUCUUGCCGGCGCACCCAUCUACAUCACCAUACCCAUCUAUAUCAAUACCUCUGGCCAAAGGCCGCUGAGCUUGCUCAUUGGCGAUCAGGAGCUGCAGCUGCAGCGGCGCAUGGCGGGCCACAAAAGGAUGUCAUCCACCAAGUCGCCCAACUCACAUUUCAAUCGGCUGCUGGAGCAAGUUGAGCCGCCCAAAAAGCGCACCACCAAUCGACAUCGCAGCCAGAGCCGCAGCAAGAUUCAGGCGCUCAAGGAAUCGGAGCUGCUGCAGCACGGCGACUCAAAGGGACAAUGAAGAUUCUGUUUUCUUUAUUUUGUGAAAAACAUUUUGU